AUUGGCUGGCUGGAAAAUGUUGGCGUAUUACAAGCGUACUUUUAAUGUGUAAAUCUACGCAUGAAAAUGUAAUUAAUGCAGAUCUGUAACAUGAGAUGAAUAAAAUACAAGUUUCCAAUUACAUGUUUAUUAAUCGUGUGUACGAAUAACUGGUUCUGGCAACGAAACAAAAUACGGAGUUGUCAUGGCGGCGUUACGUUGCACCAAUCACGAAACGGAUUUUAAAGGACGUUGAAUAUUCUCUUUUCACCAUACAUUUCGCGUCAGUGAAAUAAUUUGUGUUUGUUGUACCCUUCUGGAUGAUUUAUUAGCUUAAUGAUGUUAGGAAGUGUAGCGUAAGUAGGUGUACGUAAUGCUAACAAUGUUUCUUGCAGGAGCAUAUACAAAGAUACAAUUUGUAUGCGUGAUCACGUGACUCCGCGGAAAAAUGGCGCAAAGCGCAGAGUGCAGACAUGGGCUCCAUUUCUGUGAUGUUGUGUCAUUUGUAUUUGUAUACAAUAGUGUGUUUUCAUAAACCACGUGUUAAAUAGGCUUCAGUGAUUGACGUAACAUAAGCCAAAAUGUCAGCAAGAGGUGCAAAGAGGCGGGGGAGGCCACCCAAAUCAGUGGUUAUGGAAAGACCACGGAAGUUUCAAUAUCAUCUAAUGAAGAAGCCAAAAUAUCUGCUAAAUCGCGAAAACAUAGGAUCAGAGACCCCAAACUCUCAAACAAGCACCCCAACAGCAUCAAGAGCGUCCUCUCCGGUUGGAAGUGAAAGUAGUCGUAGAAGUAUAAGAAGUAGAGGGAGAUAUAAACAUAGAAGAGGAGGAGGUGGAUAUCAAAGACGGGGUUAUAAUCCAGAUGUAGUCGAAGAUAAAGAUUCAGAAUAUCAUUAUGGAUCUGAUUUCGGUGACGAAUCAAGUGGGAAGAGCGAUUUGGAAGAUGAUAUUCUUAGAAGUGAUAGUGAACUGGAAGAAAGUCUUGAGGGUGGUGGGUCAAGUGACAGUGACUUUUCGCUCUCAAGUUAUAGUACAGUGAGUGGAACCCCAAAAAAGUUUACAUUACAUAGACCUCCAAGCCCAGAACCAUUGUGGCUUCAGAAUCGUGAAAUACCAUAUUUAGAAUUACCAAAAUCAUCAGAUGACCUUUUGAUUCCAAAGGACCUCAUUAUGCAAGCAUUGUGUAUUUAUGAAGUUUUACGACACUUCAGAACAUUAGUUCGUUUGUCACCAUUUAGGUUUGAAGAAUUUUGUGCAGCUAUGAUGUGUGAAGAUCAAAGCAUCCUUCUGGCAGAAAUUCAUAUAAUGCUUUUGAAGGCAUUACUCCGGGAAGAAGAUUCCCAGCAGACUCACUUUGGACCUUUGGAUCAGAAAGAUAGUGUAAAUGUUGUGAUGUACUUUGUAGAUGCCAUGACGUGGCCAGAAGUUUUGCGAUCAUAUGUGGAAAGUGACAAAGAAUUUGACUCUGCCACUUUGAACAUCUUGAACACCUGUGAAUAUCCAUUCACUACAGUAGAGAAUAGAUUGAAAGUUCUACAGUUUUUAACUGAUCAGUUUUUGAUUACAAAUCCUGUUCGAGAAGACUUACUCAAUGAAGGAAACAUUCACUAUGAUGAUCAUUGUCGGAUAUGUCACCGUUUGGGUGAUUUGCUGUGCUGUGAGACCUGUCCAGCAGUGUUCCAUCUUGCAUGUGUUGAGCCUCCAAUGGAUGGUGUGCCUGAAGAAGACUGGCAGUGUGGCGUGUGUCAGGCUCAUAAGGUCAGUGGAGUUGUGGAUUGCAUCCCAGAUGCUGAGAAGUCUGGGUUGCUCUGCCGGCAAGAGCACUUGGGGUUUGAUAGACACGGUCGCAAAUACUGGUUCCUGGCCAGGAGAAUAUUUGUCGAGAGUGAAGAUGGUGAUGUAUGGUACUACAGCACCCCAGUACAGCUUGAGGAACUGUUGCAGACAGUUGAUAGGGAAAUUAUGGAGGUGGCUCUUGCGCGAGAGAUCGGUGAUUUCAAGGAGGAAAUUAUACGGCAAAUGGAAAUCACAGAAAAACUUACAAACCUGAACAAAGGCAACAAGAAGUCGUAUCUUGAUGUGGAGAACACUGCUCUUUUGAAGAUUCAGAAGGAAAGACAGGAACGUCGAGCAAAGGAAGAAGAGGAACGUCGAGAGAGGGAAAGGCAAGAGGCAGAAGAGUUGGUACGCAAGAUGCAUGAGGAGGCUUGUGAUGAGACACCUCCUGUAGGAGCCAGCUUCAGUCUCUCAGACAGACACAUUGAGUCAGAGCUGCAUCUGCCAAAGGAUCUGGACUUGACUGCCUCCUGCUUGUCACCUGUUACCAUUGAAACUACAGAGACAUCAAGCAGUAUUACAAUGACAACAGCAACAAUGGAAAAAACUAAGGUUGGCAGUCCUGGUGAAGCUGAGCACGUGACAGAAGUCAUUACAACUACAACUACCACCACUACUACAACUACGUCAGCAAUCAGAAUGUCCUCUUCCUUUGCUUCUUCAGAAGGUGAUGAAGAUGAAUUGGAUCUAGAUUCUGAUAAAGAGGGAGAAGAAGGUACUACAAAAAUUGGUAAAGAUGGCAAGAAGCAUACCAUACUUACACGAUCAAAGACAGGUUCGUUGCAGCCACGAACGUUUAACAUGGAUGACCUGAAGCGUCGCAACACUGCAGCUAUGUCAAAGGCUGAGUUGGAUAAGCUGCAGGGAGAUAAAAAAGACAAAGAAGGGGACAGAGAUAGUACUGAUGGGACUCGUAUCACACGACUGAAAGCCCAGCAAAUAGCUACAGGUACCUACAUGUUCAAAUUGGGGAUGGAAAAUGGAUUCAAGAGCUAUGUGAAUCAGUACAGUACAAAUAUUGCAGCAUUGAACAAAUUGCAACGUAAUGAAGAAAGGGACAAGAAACGCCAUCUGUCGCACAAAUUUUCUCUUACUCAGGCAUCUGAGUUUAAAUGGAUAGGAUCCUUAUAUGGUACUCGAGCGCUGCUAGUUAGUACCUUGCGACAAACCAUUCUACAGCUCGAGAGCAGCAUCCAGUCUUCUUUUAUGCAUCCAAAUUGGCCACUUCUGAGGAAGCCAUGGAUCACUGCUGUCAGUGCAUGCAUCAACCCUCGUGAUUUUGCCCGUGCUCUGAUUGUCCUUCAAGCCUGUAUUAAGCCUGUUGUGUUUGCGUCUGUUUGGCAUGAAGCACUGGGUCAUGUCAGAAUGCAGCGACUGACCUCUGCCGAGCGGGAAGAGAGGAAGCGAUUAGAUAAGAAAGAUAAGAAGGACAAAGAGGAAGAAGAAGAAAGAAAUAGAUUAACGUACAACUUUGUUAAAUACACACUUGGGCUAAAACAUCAGGUGUGGAAACAAAAGGGCGAGGAGUAUCGUGUGCAUGGACAGUGGGGUUGGCUUUGGCUGUCCACAUCACGCAAAUUCAAGAUUCAAGAUUGCCAUAAGAUGGGUUUGCGGGCUGGCCCACAGAAAGUAAUGGUACAAGUGAAAGAUGGUAAGGAAAUUAAGGUUUUGGCAGUUGAUCCCAACACUUACAAGUUUCUGAUUAAGAAAUGUGCAGAAGAUGAAGCAGCUGCAGAAGAGAAAGUAAAGUCAGAAGUUAACAGUGAAGUGAAAAGUGAACCUGUUGCUGAGGAUGACAGCAAAGAUAAAGUUAAGGAUGAAGUUCUUGAAGGCUUGGAGAAAGCAGAAGUGAAGGAGGUACAGGAACAAGAAGAGGAAGAAAGUAAGACAGGAGCAGUCACCACAGAACCUGACGGAGUCCUGUCAGCAGCAGAUGUGGGGAAAGCUAAGGUGAAACAAGAAUCCAUUACCAAAGGAGGUAGAGAAAGUGCUCUGAAACAUUUAAGGGUGUUUCCUCCAAUUUCCAAGUUUGAGGAGAUUGACAUAACAAAGGCGUUAACAUCACGUGGGAGAUUACACUACCCGAAGAUAGCAAAGAAAUCUCGUUUAGAUGAGUUCCUGACCAGGAGGACACAUCUGAAGCUUCUGGAAGAAAGGAAAUUUGCCCAGAAUGCAAAUAAGCAUAUGAAUAAGAGUCCAUGUGAGGGUGAAAAUGGCAAAACUAAUCGUGAUGGUGAUGGUGAAGUCGAUGUGGAGAAUGAGGAGAGUGACGAUGCAGAGGGCGAUAGUGUGUCUUCUGCUGAGCAGUUGUUACCCUCAUUAUUUCUGGGGAAGUUAUGUGUUGGUAACAAUGGUACCAGUGCAGCAGGAGGGCCAAGUAAAGACGUCUUCAAUUCCAUUAAUCGACGGGUCACGGCCAUACGUCAGCAGUAUGCCAAACUAACACGUCUUGGCCGUAGCCUGUCGUGUUAUUCCACGCAGUGUAAUGCGAGUAAGGCCCAGCAUCUUGGGUCUCCUGCCAGUGUCGCAUCAUCAUGCUAUUCCCCACUCUGCCUCCAGAAAGCACGUGUUCGUCGAGAGCUUCUCAUACUCCUCAGGAAAGUUAACAGCCAUUCAAGCAAUAAUAACCUCCUGACAUCAGCGUUGCCUGCUGUGAAGACAGUUGCAACAACACCAACCUCCCAGAAAGUACAAAACAAGGAUACUGCAAGUGCUACAGCAGAAGGUGGAGUUGAUGGUAUGGAAGCCAUCAGGAGAGACCUGGAGUCUGCUGUUGCAGCAGCAACAACAUGUGAAGAUGAAGGAAAGGUUGCAAUUCCUAUUGCAGAAGAACCAUCUAGCAAGAAAGAAUCAGCAGGUCAAAAUGAAGAUGCUGGCAGUGUUGACACAGAAGAGGUAGUUCAGACAGAAGCCAUGGAUAUAGACAAGGGAAAGACAUUGUCAAACGGUGAAAACAAUGUGGAGUGUGUAGAAAUGCCAGACGAGACGGAUACGGCCAUACCUGAUGAGGUGCAAAGAACUAAAGAUGAUGGUACAACAUCAGGUCCUCUACCUUAUGGUGAAAGUGAAGAGUCAACCAUAACGCCCCCUGCCCUCAAUGAGGUAGAAGUCUCGACUAUGGCUCCUGAUACAUGUGCAGAGGUUGAAGUGUCCACAUCCUCCCCAGAAGGUGUUCCUGUUAAAUCCGAAACGAAACGGGAGGAAAGACAGACUGUAGUUGAGAGCAGUAAUGAGAUGAAGGAUGCUUCAAUCAUAGAAGUGGAUGAUGUUCAUGUCACAACUACAAGUGAAGUGGUAACUACGACUACCACCACUUCAUCACGGCACACUCUUAAGAUUGUAGAUGGAACAGUCCGGAAUAUUAAGGUUACAGAAUCCAAAGCUACAUUACUCAAUACCCAUAAGAGUGUGGUGGCGUCACACCCAUCCAGUGGCAAACUGUUGAACUCAAUUCUGACAUCAAAGAAUAAGAUGUCCAGCGAGGUGGCAACCACAGUGGUAAACAAAGAGAAUGGUAGUUCUGUGAAAACAGUGACUAGUCAAAGCAGUUCAACAGAGAUUGGACAGACAGCCGAGAAUCGGCGUGUGUAUUCUGCAACAUCAACGAAGGGCCGUGUGUACCUGAAGAAAGUAGCGGUUUCUUUAGCAGAUCGACGCAAGAAACGAACUCCUGUGAAGUAUCCUUUGUGCUCCACGUUCCAGACAAGAAGUAAGCGUCGAAACAUGCUAAUUUUGCCACAACAUGAGUUAAGACGACUCUCCCGCCUAGGUGGUCGUAUGGCUGUUAAUGGCUACCAUCAUCUAGCAAAGGCUAAUCAGCAAGUAUGGCCAUAUCCUUGUUCAAGACCACUGUUUAAGACCUGCUGGUUGUACAGAACUGUUAACCUUCGCUCACUUGCAGCUGCUGCGCUACAGUUACGCAUAAUGUGGGCAUGUCUACGAUGGGAUGAUAUGCAGGUGAAGCCUCCAUCCAAUGAUGGCAAGCAUCAAGUCACGACAGACACAGAAAUAAUGACGCUGGAGAUCCUCAAGCAUCGUCAUGUGGGGAAAUUCAUGGACAGGACACAGUACCUGAGGAGAAAAGUUGUCAUACCAUUGGAGCUACCAAAAACAGUUCGUGAGGUGACAUCCAUUCGCAGUGGACUACGCAAACGAAAACGGGCUGAGUCUCCGCAGAGUACUGAGCCACAAGUUACGGAAGAAUGGGUGGAAGAAGAGAAGCUUGAACUAUGGGAGAUCAAGCAGUAUGGAGACAGGUUAGAGAAGGUUAAUGCCCAAGUUGUUACUAGGAGCCGGUCGGGUUCUGUAGUGCCCAAGACUGUUGGUGAUGUGGGUACCACUGCAACGGGAACAGGGACAACAGGCAAGUUGGAGAUAGUGAGUGGAAAAGCCACGCCCGAGGAAAUAAAGGAGAAAAUGGAGCAGCAGUUGAAGAUGCAGCGUGCUGCGCACCAACAGAAGCGUGCCCUUGAGACGCUGAAGGUGCCGGGUGGACAGGUGUUUAAGAUGGUUCCCACCACACAGCAAGCAACUGAUGGAACACUGAAGAUAGUGACUAAGGUGGCCAUACCACCAUCUCCAGGCUCACAGUCAACUACUGGGAAGACUACAUUAACAUCACUUCUUACAAACACAACCAAUAGCACACCUGGCAAGACACUCGUUGGGACAAAGAGAAUAUUCAUGACGAAGGGUACAGAUGGCACAACUCGAAUUAUUUCAGGGCAUACCACUAGCAUUUUACCAAAAACUGCAGGACAGCAGGGGCAGUCCCUGAUUAAGAUACAGCCCUCUACCCAAGCUUCUGUCACAGCAGCACCACCAACACAACAAAGGGUUCAGAUACUGAAGGGUGCAGAUGGGAAGAUUCAAGUACGAGGUCUGAUGCCAGGUCAACAGUUGGUGCAGAUGCCAGAUGGUAAACUUCAUGUUCUUAAUACAGCCCAGGUGCAGACUUCUCAAAUACAGCAGGUAGCAGGAAACAGGGUGCUGGCAGCUGGCACAAAGGGAACCGUGAUCCGUACAACCACGGCUGGAGCACAGCAGCCCGCAGCAGUGAAAUCAAAUGCUAUGCCAACGAAACAAAUUGCCAUUGCCGCUACUCCUGCCACUGCUAUACAACAAAAGGGGACCAGCGACAUUCCACAGAGCCCUACAAAACCCCCACAGCAGCAUAUAAUGAUACGACAACAGAUUGCUGGUGCACAGGUUGUGCAAAAAGUGGCUGCCCAGCCUGGUACAGUGGUUGUCAGUGGAGGUCAGGUGUUUUCUCCUGGCCAGAUUGUAGUCAGUGGCAAUCAAGUUGUUGGGUCCCCUACACAGGUGAUGACUACAGGCGGACAGCUGCUAAGCACAGGUCAGCUGGUGGUGAGCGGGUCGAAUCUCGCAGCACAGUUGGCUUCAGGGAAAGCUCAGCUGGCAACCAUUGGUGGGCAGCAGGUGUUUAUUCGGACAGUAACACCUGGUGCUAAUGCUGUUGUGGUUUCUGCUGGUGCCACAGUACCAGCUCUGACGUCAGCCAGUGUUGCAGGUGGUACUACUGUGGCUACAGCAGGCGGCAACUUGUUGGUCAAGACUGUUACAACACCAGCAUCUCUUGGCCAGCAGCAGACAGUACAAGUACCCGCGAAAUCGAUGAAAUCGCCUGUAGGUGCAAGUAGUAGCAGUAAUGUAACUAGUAAUGCAGCUUCUCCAACCAGGGUGCAGCAGACUGCAGUCCAGCAACCUGUCACAAGUGUUCAGACACCAAGUGGCAACAUUGCAACUACCACUUCCACAACACCCUCAACACUAGAAGUGCCACCCCAGCAACAGGUAAUUUCACCACAGCAGGCGUCUGCCCCAGCGCCAGCAGAAGAGAAGCAAGUCGGUGCUGAGCCAGGCAGCUUGGAACAGCAACUUCUGGCAGGCCAGCCGCCCGGUACUGUUAUAAAAUGCGUCACUGCCCAAGUGAUCCAAACUCCACAGGGGCCACGCAUUGUACUGCAGGGCCUCCAUGGUGCAGAAUUUACACAGCAACAACUUGCUGUCGUUCAGCAGCAAGUUAAGCAGCAGCUACUGAAAGCACAAGCCACAACAGGAAAGCAGGGUGUUCUGGGUCCAACAAAGAUAUAUCUGGCAGUACAGCCCCCACCUACAUCAGUCCAACAGCCUGCAGCAGCAGUAACUUCUCCUGCGAGCACCGUGACAGCAACGAGCCCGGCAACAGUGCCAGCUCCGGUGACAGCCCAGUCUCCUACCAAGUCUCAGCCGAAGGUUGUCGUCCAGCAGGUUGCACAGCCUGACACGCAACAGAUUGGACUGGUAGCAGCCUCGAACACAACUGCGGCAGGUGGCAUUCCUGUAUCUCAGCAGCAGGUAGUGGUGAACGGUCAGCAGCAGGAGACUGACGAGCAGCUUACAUUGCCGGGUGGCACAGGAGCAGAAGCAGGGACACUGACAGCAACUUCCACCGCAGCAAUUAAAAAUGCGCUAAAGCAGGAAAAUUUGAACCCAGAAAUAGAGGAGAAGCUCCUGCAAUUGCAGCGUUACCAGGAGAAGCAGAUGAAGCAUGACAAGACAGGGGAAGUGCCAGUGCAACCCCAAGUGACCACUAGUGUGCUUACGAAGGCGCCAGCAAAGAAGAGGCCUUCUCCGGUGACAUCACAACCAGCCAACCAACAGCAGGAAGACUGGGAGUCUACACCCAAACGGAAGGUCACAAAGCUUGAUACCAGAGAUGCCAAACCAUUGCGGGAUGACCGUAGCAGCGAAGAGAAACCAGCAGUUGCUACUCCUGCACCACGGUCUCGUACCAGCAAGUGGCGGGAAUCCCAGGAAGAACGACGACGUCAGCAAGUGCAGACCAAACUUCAAGUUCUGUUAUUUCGCCAUAAGGAACUGCUCAAGAAAGACAUGAUUAAGAAACGGGCACUGCUGGAGAAAGAGCUUCAGAUAGAGAUUCAGAAAGAUUUGUCGACUGAGUUAGCUGCUCGGACAAAAGCAGAAAGAAAUAAGCAGGAUGAAGUGAGGACAGGAAGUGGGAAACGGAAGUCUGCACCAGUCUCAGCAUCCACCGUGAGUCCCCCAUCAGCUUCCCGUGGUGGCGGGCGACCUAGGAAGCAACAGCGGACCUCCUCAGGUCCUCCAGGCAGUGGUGGAACAGCACUGGGAGGGGGAGGAGGGGGUGGCAGUGGAAGGAAGAAAGAAAAACUGUACUGCUUGUGUAGGACUCCUUAUGACGAGACAAAGUUCUACGUGGGCUGUGACCUCUGCAACAAUUGGUUCCAUGGGGAGUGUGUUGGUAUUACAGAGGAGAUGAGCAAGUCUCUCACAGAAUUUGUCUGUACAGAAUGCCGUCAUGCUAGGGACACCCAAGAGCUAUAUUGUCUCUGCAAGCAGCCUUAUGAUGAGUCUCAGUUCUACAUCUGUUGUGAUCGCUGUCAGGAUUGGUUUCACGGACGCUGUGUUGGAAUUCUUCAGUCAGAAGCAGAUAACAUUGAUGAAUAUAUCUGUCCAAAUUGUCAGCGUAAUUCCAAUAUUAAUUUUGCUAACAUGAAAAAUCUCAAUGCUAAGGACUUUGAAGGUCUGAGAAAACUUAUUAAGCAGUUGCAGAACCAUAAAAGUUCUUGGCCCUUCAUGGAACCUGUAGACCCAGAUGAGGCUCCUGACUAUUAUGGAAUCAUUAAGGAACCAAUAGAUCUGCAAACGAUUGAACUGAGGAUUAACAAAAGGUCAUACAGGAAAUUAAGCGAAUUCAUAGGAGACAUGACGAAGAUGUUUGACAAUUGUCGUUACUACAACCCCCGUGAUUCGCCAUUUUUCAAGUGUGCAGAGUCUCUCGAGGCCUAUUUCGUCCAGAAAAUUAAGUGUCUACGUGAGAAGUUAGUGGAGAACAAAUGAACGGCAGGCUAAUCGUUGCAAGAACCAGUGUGUUUUUCAAGUGACUGAAGGGUGCCGAGUUCCUUCAAGGUGGUUUUCUGUACAGUUCUGUAUUAAUUGCUUGCAUGGAAGGAAUACGUGUGAAAUAUUUUUGGCAUGACCUACACGUAACAUCAUGUAUGCAACCAAACUGAAUAACUACUGUGUGGAAUGUUUUCUUUUUCUAUCAUGGAGUCUGUUAUUGAAGAUCAAGUGAUACAGUGACUACCAAUAAGAAACUUGAUUUUUGACCAUCUUUGUUGAACUUGAAAAUGAAAUAAGUAUAAUUGUAUGUAUUUGUAGAUACAAGAUUCAAAAUAAUGAAUUCUGAUUACAUUUAAAGAAUUUGUUACUAAGAGAAGUGACCUGUAUUUUAAUAACAGUACAAGAAACCCACCUUGGCCUCUGCAUUUCAUGUUAUCUUACUAGGUAACGAGGUCCCAUGGGAUUAUAUCCAUUGGCCACGACUGUCGUGGCUUGUAUAAGCAAGUUCUCUGUUAUCGGACUACAUGUGUGCUGUAAUUGAUACAUGGUGUUCUGCCAAUUUUUACCAUCAGCUCUCAUUUGGGUGAGCAUUUUAAGAGAAUAAGAGUGUGUUAGACUAUUUGUAAUAUUGCCUGUAGCGUACUCUUCAUAGAAGUAUAAACAAAAAUACAGAUGUCCCUUCUUUCAUGUGUGUCACAGUGUUUAUUCCUUAAAGCACCUCUAAGCAAUGAGACAUCAGAUCUUCAGUCUGUAAUUUAGAUGCAUAUUCUUAUAGAUUUUUCCACUAACACUAUUUCAGGAAUGCCAUCAUCACUUGCAUUGUAAAUAGCAGUGACCAUGCUAAGAGGACUGUCAUGGAUUUUAUUGUUUUUUUUCCACUUGUGAAACUAUUUGUAUGUAAAUGUAAAUUAGAGCUAAUAUUUGUUAUCUGUCAUUUGCAUGCUGUGCAGUAAUGUCCAUAGAACCUAUGUUUUUUUGCAGUAUUUUGAAUGAAUGUAAAAAAAAUUCCUCAGCUGUCCUGACAUAUUUAUUUUCCUGUCCCUCAAGUCUAUGCCAAUAAAUAGGAUUCUGUGUGACGCAUAUAAGAAUAUUGUCACAGGCAGUGUUUUUCAUUUAGGAGCUAACACUGGCAGCACAGUUCAAGAAUUGGAACAAAAAGAAAAAGUACAAUAAAGAAUAUCACAAAAGAUUUGAGAAAA